AUGUCGACUAUAUCUCUCUCAGACUUGGAGUUCAUAACCCGUGAAUCCCUCGCUAGCGACUUCAAAUCAUCAGGUUCUGCGUUACCUCCCAACACCGCAGUAGUUGACGUACGAGACAGCGAUCACGUCGGCGGCCACAUCAAAGGCUCAACUUGGGUUCCUUCCUCGCAACUCGACUACAAAACUCCUGAGCUCAUCCGCACACUACAAGACAAGGAAGUCGUCAUAUUCCACUGCGCGUUAUCGCAGCAACGGGGACCUAGUGCCGCACUACGAUACUUGAGGGAGAAGGAAAGACUGGAUCCUGGUUCGGCGAUAGAGUCAAAGGGCGAAGUCAAGGAGCAGAGUGAGGCUGUGGAGAAGGAGGGAGAGGGAGAGCAGAAGGGACCUAGUGGUACGCAGAUCAAGAAACAAAAGGUUUACGUCCUACAGGGCGGAUUCACGAUGUGGCAGGAGAAAUAUGGGCAGGACAAGGAUUUGACGGAGGGGUAUCAAAAGGAUAUUUGGGAGUUUGGCACACCGGAUCAUUAG